UUACAGGAUGCUAUCUUAAAAUUAAAAAGUGAAACUCAUUGCCGAUAAUUUUUCGCACGCGACUAUGAAGUGUAUUUAAAUUAAGAACUUCCGUUACCAUUGUUGGCACUUCUUGGACAGUGUAUACGCUGGUUGAUGUACUGUGGUUUCAUUUUAAAAUACGGCACGCUUCAUAUACCGGCGAUGUGCGUUUGCAUAUAACAGUUGGAUAAGUUAAUUUUUCAAUUGGAUUCGUUCAAGAACUUAAAGAAAAGAUGGACGGCAGCAACAGAUACUUCGAUGCGACACCGGUAUCCAGUGACAACAUCUGCGCGCAUGAAAAUGUUGUGUUGCAGGAUAUGAUGGGAAUAAGUGUGGUCCUGGCCACUGAAGAAAACAAGGAAGCGGAGUCGAAGAAGAGUUUUGGAGAAAUGAAUGGGCCAGUUGAUCCAGACAAGCUCACUGCCAAGGAAAAAGCUCUGUACUUAUUAAAAAAUAAAGCCUUCCAAAUGUGUCCUGUCGCGUUACUCUUCGGGAUCGCUAACGGUAUAUAUGGGCCGGUAUUCACAGAACUGCAAAAGAAUCGGGUGUGCCAAGUGAUAUUCAAUUAUUCCGCAUCAUUUUGCGCCGACCUUCAAAAUAUAAGCCACGGAAAUGAAGCCAAUCAAGUGCGAACCGUAACAACCGACUACGUUUUCUACAACAACAUUGUAGCCGGUGUACCGGCCAUCGUCUUCGCCUUGUUCAUGGGCGCCUGGUCUGACCACUUUGGGCGGCGCAUUCCCAUGAUGUCGGUAUUCGUGGGAAUGAUCAUGUCCUCGGUCUUUCUUAUCCUCUUUUCUCAUAUUGUGGUACAUCCGGCGGUCCUUCUCGUGGCGACCGCCAAUUCCGCAGUACUCGGUGGGCAAACGGUCUUCGUUAUGGCCACACUGAGUUACGUCGGAGAUCACACUUCAGUAGUAGAGGCGUUUAUUCGUAUACAGGGGUAUUCUUCAAAUGCGGCGAUGUCGGUGAUGUGGACGAAAGAAAAGUAUUUGCGGACUAUCCACGAGGAAGAAUCCAGGCGUCCCUUCCAGGGCACUCUGAUGCCUACGAGCAUCUUCAUUGGAGGCCUUCCACAUGACACAUUAAAGCAGGAUGUAAUCGAUGCUCUCCGUCCGUAUGUGGAGCCGGUAAACGUGAGCAUCUUCCGGAACGUGAUGCCAAAAGAUCGAAAGAAUUCAGUUUAUCUGCGCCAUGCUGUUGUGAAAUUAGCCUCCGAGAAAGAAACCCAGGAUUUGUUGAAAACGACGUCUCGUGUGGAUCUCCUGAUUAACGGAGCUCGUCAUCUGAACAUCGGCCCCGCUUAUAAAAAGCCAUUUAGCGCUGCAUUGAACGUGUCAAAUGAAUCAGCCCGUAUUGAAAAGGCAACGCUCCCCGAAAGGGCCGAAACGCCACGCUCUCACUCCGAGAAGCCGGCAUUCGCUUUGGAGAAAACCAUAAGCAUCGCUCAUUCAAAUUACCCUGCGAAGGGAAAGCCCGAACUGAUUCAGGUAGCCUACGGAACGGAUGGUGUGCCGUACGUGAUGGGACCGAGUCCAGUUGCGGCUAGUUGCUUUUCGUCUCCGCCUGUGCAUGCUUUUCAGAACUACGGCAUGUGGACAGCGGCAUUUCCUAUCCCUCUGAUGUAUGGGCAUGGAGCACCGGUAUACUACGGCGGAUUCUACCAGCCGAUGCCGGGGUAUGCAUAUCAUCCUAAUCCUGGAUAUCCUGGCGCUGGGUAUUAUCCGGGUGUUGGAUCCGGCUACGGUCCUUCGGUGUGUGGCCCGGCUGGGAUGGCCGGUGGAUUGUCUUGUGCCGCGAUGGCUCACGGAUAUGGAUCAGUGCCGUUUGCAGUGCCCGCAGCCGUAUACUAAUGCCUGAGGAGGACUCACUGUAGUUAAAGGAGUUUGUUUGUGCUUUGUACGUUUGUUGAUUCCAAUUGUUAGACGUUUUCUGUAUAUCGUUCUUUGUUCGGUUUCUGUGAGAGCCACGAGUAGUUCUUUUUUGUGUGUUUAGUAAACUUUUUGUUGUUUACUUGGGUACGUGACCGGUUUUGAAAUUUUGAACGUAGUCAUCUGGAGAAAUGCGGUGAAGGCUUCAAGCGUAUUUUUGGUUUCAACUUGCUGUGAACAUGCUUUUUCAGCUGUUGGAUAUAUUUUUGGAAACCUGAAAGUCGGUAAUAAAUUUCUUUGA